AUGAUGAAAAUAAUUAAAGAAAUAAAAACAGUUGUACUUUUGUUGUUUGUUUUAUUUUUGAAUUUUUCUAAUGUGAAAGCUGCUUAUUUUUUUGUGAAAGAAGGUGUUGAUAAAUGUUUUGUUGAGAGUGUGGCAAAUAAUGUAGUUAUAACAGCAACAUAUGAUAAUUAUGGAUUGAAGGAUGUAAAAUGUCUUAUUAAUGUGAAGGAUCAAAAUGGAAAAGUAUUAUAUUCUCAUGAUACAUCGAAAAUAAGGAAAGGUAAGAUAUCAUAUUUAUCAACUAAGGAUGGAUUAUAUCAUAUUUGUAUUUCAUGCCCUUCAACCAAUUGGUUUAAAAGUACAGCAAUAAAAUGGAGCUUGUCAAUUGAAGUUGGAGGUUCGGAUAUUGAUCCAGAAAAUUUGGCAAAAAAAUCAGAACUAAGUGAAACAUUAACAAUAUUAAAUAAUUUGAAGAAAAAAUUUAAUUCGAUGAAAUUGCAGCAAAUAUAUCAAAAACAAAUGGCAUCCAAUUUAUAUGAAUACAAUAAAUCUGUUCAUAAUAAAAUGUUUUAUUGUUACAUUCUCGAAAUAAUCAUAUUAGUAGUAAUAACAGUUUACUCUAUUGUUCACUUGAAGAAUUAUUUCAAGGCCCACAAAUUAAUGUAA